CAAGGAACGGUCCUCAUUGUCAGGCACGGGAAACUUCAGCCCACAAAUCGCGCAUGCACAAUACUAAACCUUAACGCAGCUUAACCUACCCUUCGCGCAGGCGCAGACCUUAAUUGGCGUCUUUGUGGGCGGAGCUUCGUGUGGGACGCAGAGUAUUCUGGGAACGCCGGAGACGGAAAUUACUUCGCCUCACGCUGCGGACGUCGGAGCAGCUGCGCGCCUUUCCGUGUGUGAUUUCCUGAGUUAGGCGUUCGGGAACCGUUUGCCAAUAUGUAUGACGCGGACGAGGAUAUGCAAUAUGAUGAGGAUGAUGAUGAAAUCACACCAGAUUUGUGGCAAGAGGCAUGCUGGAUUGUAAUUAGUUCCUAUUUUGAUGAGAAAGGCUUGGUGAGACAACAGCUGGAUUCUUUUGAUGAAUUUAUUCAGAUGUCUGUUCAAAGAAUUGUGGAAGAUGCUCCACCUAUAGACCUACAAGCCGAAGCUCAGCAUGCUAGUGGAGAAGUUGAAGAACCGCCAAGAUACUUGCUGAAGUUCGAACAGAUUUACCUCUCCAAGCCUACCCAUUGGGAAAGAGAUGGUGCUCCUUCACCGAUGAUGCCAAACGAGGCCAGAUUAAGAAAUCUCACGUACUCUGCUCCACUUUAUGUUGAUAUAACAAAAACAGUCAUUAAAGAAGGCGAAGAACAACUUCAGACACAGCAUCAGAAAACUUUUAUAGGAAAAAUUCCAAUUAUGUUGCGUUCAACUUACUGCCUAUUGAAUGGCUUAACAGAUCGUGACCUUUGUGAGUUAAAUGAAUGCCCCUUGGAUCCUGGUGGCUACUUCAUUAUUAAUGGAUCCGAAAAGGUUCUGAUUGCUCAAGAGAAAAUGGCAACAAACACAGUCUAUGUGUUUGCCAAAAAGGAUUCUAAAUAUGCCUACACAGGAGAGUGUAGAUCAUGUCUGGAGAAUUCUUCUCGACCCACCAGUACUAUCUGGGUUAGCAUGCUGGCAAGAGGAGGACAGGGUGCAAAAAAGAGUGCUAUUGGUCAGCGCAUUGUGGCAACCCUACCAUAUAUCAAGCAAGAAGUUCCCAUCAUUAUUGUGUUCAGAGCAUUAGGUUUUGUGUCUGACAGAGAUAUUUUAGAGCAUAUUAUUUAUGAUUUUGAAGAUCCAGAGAUGAUGGAAAUGGUUAAACCUUCUCUCGAUGAAGCGUUUGUCAUCCAAGAACAGAAUGUCGCACUAAAUUUCAUUGGUUCAAGAGGGGCAAAGCCUGGUGUCACCAAAGAGAAAAGAAUUAAAUAUGCAAAGGAAGUAUUACAGAAAGAAAUGCUCCCUCAUGUUGGCGUCAGUGAUUUUUGUGAGACCAAGAAAGCUUAUUUCUUGGGGUACAUGGUUCAUAGGUUGCUGCUAGCAGCUUUGGGUAGAAGAGAAUUAGAUGACAGAGAUCACUAUGGAAACAAAAGAUUGGACCUUGCUGGACCACUACUUGCAUUCUUAUUUAGAGGAAUGUUUAAGAAUUUGCUUAAAGAAGUACGGAUCUAUGCCCAGAAGUUCAUUGAUCGAGGAAAGGAUUUUAACUUGGAGUUGGCAAUUAAAACAAGGAUUAUAUCUGAUGGCCUAAAAUAUUCUUUAGCCACUGGGAACUGGGGUGACCAAAAGAAAGCUCAUCAAGCCAGAGCUGGAGUAUCUCAGGUAUUAAACCGCCUGACUUUUGCAUCUACUCUUUCUCACCUGCGUCGUUUAAAUUCUCCCAUUGGUAGAGAUGGCAAGCUAGCAAAACCAAGACAGUUGCAUAAUACGUUGUGGGGAAUGGUGUGUCCUGCUGAGACUCCAGAGGGCCAUGCUGUAGGACUUGUGAAGAAUUUAGCUCUGAUGGCUUAUAUUUCAGUUGGAUCUCAACCUUCUCCAAUUCUGGAAUUUUUAGAAGAAUGGAGUAUGGAAAAUUUAGAAGAAAUUUCUCCUGCAGCUAUUGCUGAUGCAACCAAGAUUUUUGUUAAUGGCUGCUGGGUUGGAAUACAUAAAGAUCCUGAACAACUUAUGAACACUCUACGGAAAUUGAGGCGUCAGAUGGACAUCAUUGUGUCUGAAGUUUCUAUGAUCAGAGAUAUUCGAGAGAGGGAGAUUCGGAUCUAUACAGAUGCAGGCCGUAUUUGUAGACCACUUCUGAUUGUGGAAAAACAAAAGCUACUUUUGAAGAAGAGACACAUUGAUCAAUUGAAAGAGAGAGAAUAUAACAAUUACAGUUGGCAGGAUCUUGUGGCCAGUGGGGUAGUAGAAUAUAUUGAUACUCUAGAAGAAGAAACAGUGAUGCUCGCAAUGACCCCAGAUGAUUUACAGGAGAAAGAAGUAGCUUAUUGUUCCACAUAUACGCACUGUGAGAUUCAUCCAUCAAUGAUUCUUGGUGUCUGUGCAUCUAUUAUUCCUUUUCCUGAUCAUAACCAGUCCCCUAGAAACACAUACCAGUCUGCUAUGGGUAAGCAGGCUAUGGGGGUUUAUAUUACCAACUUUCAUGUUCGUAUGGAUACAUUGGCCCAUGUUCUCUACUAUCCUCAAAAACCACUUGUGACUACACGGUCAAUGGAAUACCUACGAUUUAGAGAGCUGCCAGCAGGUAUCAACUCAAUUGUGGCUAUUGCAUCAUACACUGGAUAUAAUCAAGAAGACUCUGUCAUCAUGAAUCGUUCAGCUGUAGACCGAGGCUUUUUCAGGUCUGUUUUCUAUCGAUCAUACAAAGAACAGGAGUCUAAAAAAGGGUUUGAUCAAGAAGAAGUUUUUGAGAAGCCUACACGUGAAACUUGCCAGGGUAUGAGGCAUGCUAUUUAUGACAAGCUGGAUGAUGAUGGUUUGAUAGCUCCUGGGGUUCGUGUAUCAGGAGAUGAUGUUAUUAUAGGCAAAACAGUCACGUUGCCUGAAAAUGAAGAUGAAUUGGAGGGCACUAAUAGACGCUAUACUAAGAGAGACUGUAGCACUUUUCUCAGGACUAGUGAGACAGGCAUUGUGGAUCAGGUUAUGGUAACUCUCAACCAAGAAGGAUAUAAAUUUUGUAAAAUAAGGGUACGCUCUGUUAGAAUUCCACAGAUUGGAGACAAAUUUGCUAGUCGACAUGGUCAAAAGGGUACUUGUGGUAUUCAGUAUAGACAAGAGGAUAUGCCUUUCACCUGCGAAGGUAUCACCCCCGAUAUCAUCAUAAAUCCCCAUGCCAUUCCCUCUCGUAUGACUAUUGGUCACUUGAUUGAAUGUCUUCAAGGGAAGGUAUCAGCUAACAAGGGUGAAAUUGGUGAUGCCACUCCAUUCAAUGAUGCUGUUAAUGUACAGAAGAUUUCUAAUCUUUUAUCUGAUUAUGGCUACCAUCUCAGAGGAAAUGAGGUCCUAUACAAUGGAUUCACUGGUCGAAAAAUCACAUCACAAAUUUUUAUUGGCCCCACUUACUACCAGCGUUUGAAGCACAUGGUGGAUGAUAAGAUUCAUUCUCGUGCUCGGGGACCUAUUCAGAUCCUUAAUAGACAGCCCAUGGAGGGUAGAUCUCGUGAUGGUGGCCUGCGUUUUGGAGAAAUGGAACGAGAUUGUCAGAUUGCCCAUGGAGCAGCGCAGUUUUUAAGGGAAAGAUUGUUUGAGGCAUCAGAUCCAUAUCAGGUUCAUGUUUGCAAUCUUUGUGGAAUAAUGGCGAUUGCUAACACCAGGACCCAUACAUAUGAAUGCAGGGGCUGCCGAAAUAAAACCCAGAUCUCUUUGGUGCGAAUGCCGUAUGCCUGCAAACUGUUGUUUCAGGAACUCAUGUCUAUGAGUAUUGCACCUCGAAUGAUGAGUGUUUAGCUCUUUUAAAAAUCUUUCUUUGUGUCUUGUUUCUAGUUUCUAUGAUAUAGCUUUUAAAAAAAUUUUAAAACAACAAAAAUGUACUUGCACUAUGAGAAAAAGCAUUUUAUUUGUUUUGUUUGAUAUGCAUGCUUUUCUUCUGUAAAUAGACAAAUUUUUGUAGACAGUCUUGAUGUGUUAUCUUUAUUUUGUAUUUCAUGGUGUAAAACCAGUGAAUAUAACUAAAGUGUUUGUUAGUGGACUGGAUGAAAAGAAA